AGUUACUUGGCAAGCAGCAACCCUUUUAAAUAUAAGCGUUUACUAUAAAAAGACCGAAAUUUUUUGGUUCAUCGCACAGUUUCUGGAUAUCAAGCAACGAGUCCUGCUGCGUCUUCUUAAACACAAAUCAAAGUAACCACAACCAAACUCAAAAUGCUUAAACAUCUCAUCUGCAUUGCGCUCUGCUCGUUGACCUUCGUCUGUGCCGACAACAUUGACAAAAAUGCCGAAAUACGCAGCUUUCAAAGUGACGCAUCCGAUGCCGAAGGCAACUACCAGUUCUCUUAUGAGACCAGCAAUGGCAUUCAACGUCAGGAGGCCGGCAGUUUGGCCGGUGUGCGCGGCUCACUGAAUUACGUAUCGCCCGAAGGUGAGCGCAUCUCUUUGAGCUACACCGCCGACGAGGAAGGUUUCCAUCCAACCGGUGAUCACCUGCCGACGCCACCGUCCGUGCCGGCAUAUGUGUUGCGCUCCCUCGAAUAUAUACGCGCACAUCCACCACAACUCAAAGAGGAGCAAUAAAAGCAUGCAUCUACAAGAAUCACCGGUUUAUGUUAGCUCUAUGGGUCAAAUGCCCGCCCGGUUGCAUGUCCGAGUGACGCGACGUGUUAAUUGCCGUAUUUAAAUUUUUGUAUUGUUUUAUGUUUUCACAUUGUUUUUCUUUUUGUAUUUUUGUAAUUUUGUUUUAACACAUAAUCUUCUCUUCGGCUAAUUUGCUCAUGCAUCUUUCGCUUUUUCGCGCGCGCAGUUGGCGGUAUAAGCAAGCGCAUAGUCAUUAUUUGUAAUUAAUAGCUUUUGUUUAAUAAAUGAAGUGUAUAAAAAAA